GGACAAUCUGUCAAGACUUACUUUAGGGAUCUCUUCCCCUUCUUGAACUGGAUCACCAGAUACAACGUGCAAUGGCUAACGGGUGAUGUUAUCGCUGGUCUGACGGUUGGAGCCGUCGUGGUGCCGCAGGGCAUGGCAUAUGCCCUGCUGGCCAAGCUUCCUCCGGAGUAUGGACUCUAUACCUCAUUCGUUGGAUUUAUUCUGUACUGGGCAUUCGCCACGUCGAAAGAUAUCACUAUCGGAACAGUGGCAGUAAUGUCCACGCUCGUGGGCAACAUCGUCAUCAAGGUUCAAAAGACACACCCGGAUAUCGAAGCUGUGGAAAUAGCCAGAACCCUCGCAGUCGUCUCAGGAUGUGUUGUAUUAUUUAUCGGACUUGCCAGGAUCGGAUGGAUUGUAGAAUGGAUUUCUCUCACUGCGAUCACUGCAUUCAUGACUGGCUCGGCUAUCACAAUCGGCGUGGGUCAGAUUCCAGCACUCCUCGGGAUACCUGGUAUCAACAAUCGUGGCCCUGCGUAUGAAGUAUUCAUCGACACGCUGAAAGCAUUGCCCAAAGCCAGACUCGAUGCAGCAAUGGGAGUUUCGGCCCUGUUCCUUCUUUAUUUCAUUCGAUUCGGCUUCGAGUUUCUGUCGAGAAGAUACCCAGCGAAGAAGAAGACCUUUUUCUUCCUGUCAACUUUGCGAAUCGCCUUUGUGCUGCUCCUGUAUAUCCUCAUCAGUUGGCUCGUCAAUCGCGGGAUCAAGGAUGCCAAGAAAGCCCAUUUCAAGAUUCUCGGAAAAGUUCCCAGAGGGUUUCAACAUGCUGGUGCUCCAACAAUGAAGACCAGGACGAUCAAAGCUUUUGCGAGCGAGCUUCCAGCGACUAUUAUCGUUCUACUCAUCGAACAUAUUGCUAUCUCCAAAUCUUUCGGCCGGAUCAACAAUUACACAAUCAAUCCUUCUCAAGAGCUAGUCGCCAUUGGUUUCACGAAUGUGUUCGGCCCGUUCCUUGGCGCGUACCCCGCUACCGGCUCAUUCUCCAGGACAGCUAUCAAGUCCAAGGCAGGUGUCAGAACACCUCUUGCAGGAGUCUUCACAGCCAUUGUCGUUCUGCUCGCUCUCUACGCCUUGACAGCAGUGUUCUUCUACAUUCCCAUGUCCAGUCUUGCAGCUGUUAUUAUCCACGCUGUUGGAGAUUUGAUUACCCCGCCAAACGUUGUCUACCAAUUCUGGGAGGUGUCACCACUUGAAGUCCCGAUUUUCUUCCUCGGUGUCUUCGUGACUCUCUUUACAAAUAUCGAAAACGGAAUCUACGCCACGAUUGCAGCAUCUGGCGCUCUUCUACUAUUCCGUCUCUCCAAGGCAAAGGGUCGCUUCGUCGGACGUACCAAGAUCCAGUCGCUCUCACAAGACAGCUUUUCCACGCUCGAGGCUCGACAUGGGAGCAGCAGCGAUAGCGAGCAAUCUCCCACAUUAGGCAAUGCACGCGAUGUCUUCCUGCCUCUAGAUCGUAAGGAUGGAUCGAACCCUCAUAUUCAAGUCAAGCAACCACAUCCAGGUGUCUUCAUAUACCGAUUUAACGAAGGGUUCAACUAUCCCAACUCUCAGCAUUACAUGGAACACUUCACCGAACACAUCUUCAAGGAGACACGACGGACUACUCUUGACAACUAUGCCAAGCUUGGUGACCGACCAUGGAACGACCCGGGCCCACGACGCGGCCAGCCUGCCGAAGUCCGCACCCACCUCCCCAUCCUCCGCGCCGUCAUCCUCGACUUCUCAGCCGUAAACAACGUCGACGUCUCCGCGGUCCAGAACCUCGUCGACGUCCGCAACCAACUCGACCGCUACGCCUCCCCAGCAACAGUCGGCUGGCACUUCGCCAACAUCACAAGUCGCUGGACCCGCCGCGCUCUUGCCUCUGCUGGGUUCGGAUACCCGAAGAACAACAGCCCUGAGCUUAAUUGGAAGUCUAUUAUUAGUGUGGCCGACUUUGAUGAUUCGGUUUCGACAGUUAGUAGUCGGGGCCAGGAGAAGGCCAACUAUGAUGUUGAGGCGAGGACUGAGGACGAUGAGAUUACGGCGCCAAGUGCUGCGCCGGCGUAUGAUGAGAAGAAGGGUGGGAAUGUCACUGUCACGGGGAAGUCUGUUCCUUUGUAUGGUGUGAACAGGCCGUUCUUUCAUGUUGAUGUGUUUGCUGCUGUUGAAGCGGCGCUUGCAGUUGUUGAGCAGGACGAGGCGCAGGAGCUGUAAGACAGUGGAAGAGUUCUCCAGGCUUUGGUGCUUCUGUUUCUGUUUCUCUGAUAUCCAGCAGUUACGAGAGCUGUAAUUUAUACAUACCAACUCCCUGCGU